UGAUUGACCGAUCCACCUGUCACUCAGCCCGUCCCGCCGCCGCUCGCGCCCGCCGGCCUCGCGCGCGUUGCCGUGGCGACCCCGCGGCGGCGCUGUCCCCUCCCCCGGGGGGGGCCCUGCCCCGAUGCCGCCCCCGGAGGCGCCGCCUGGGCCCAGCGUCAGUGUGGUGGUGGUGGUGGGGGGCUCCUGCGUGCUCCGCUACAGCCGCCUCCCGGCCCCGCCCCCCACCCCGCGGCCCCCCCGCAUCCCAACCCGCGAUGGAGACCUGCUGCUGCUGCUGCGGAGCCUCGGCCCCGGGGCCCCCCCUGAGCCCCUGGCCGCGACCAGCUUCGUGGGGCCGGAACCGCGGGACCUUCUGCCCACCGGUGAGGAGCUGGGCAGCCCCAGCAGCGCCGGGACCGGGCAGGGCUACGGACUGGGCUGGCCACAGGAGCCGGCGCUGUUCGCUGUGGAGCUGCCGCGGGGCCUGGUCGGGUUACUGGUGAUACUGGAGCCGGCACCGUUCGCCGUGGAGCUGCCGCGGGGCCCGGGCGGGUUCGGGUUCAGCCUGCGGGGGGGCCCCGCUGGGGUUUUCGUGCGGGGGCUGCGCGAGGGGGGCCCCGCCCAGCGCUGCGGCUGCAUCCAGGUCAGUGACGAGCUGCUGGCCAUCAACGGCGCCCCCACGGCCGGCAUGAGCCACGCGCAGGCACUGGCCCGGAUCCGGGGGGGGGGGGGCAGCCGCCUGCGCCUGCUGCUGCGCCGCCCCCACGGGUCCCCCCCGAGCCCGCUGGCGCGGGGGGUUCUACGGCUGUGCGUAGGCAGCUCCCCGCGGGGGGAGCCCUGCUUCUGCCUGGUGGGGGGGCUGCACCCCUGAGCCCCCCCGAAUCCCCCGAGCCCUGCCGACGGACGGUGACGUCACAGCGAGGCGCCCCCCCCCAGCACCCGAAGUUCUGAUGCUCUGGGGGAACCCCACCCCGGUUUGGUGCCCCCCGUUUUGGCGGGGGUGCCCUUCGAGCUAUGCAAUGCCCACCCCCCCAUUCCCCGCGUUCUGGGGGUCGCACGGAGGUGCUGUCCCCCUCCCCAUUUUUGGGGUGUUCAAUAAAGGCGGAGACCCCC